GCGCGGGAGCGCCCGGAGGCUCACGCGGUAUCGUUUCGGUGGUUGCUCUGCUCCGGGUUGCCCCCCGAGGCCGACGGCGACGCGGGUGGAUUGAGGGGGGAGGGGAGGCACCGCGGCCAAAAAUCUAGCGCGCGUCGGUGCGGUGGCAUUGCGCCUCGGCCCUCCUCGCGCGCGUGCGUCCGUAACGCGCGUACGCGGGGGACGGGAGCCGAUCGCCGUCGCCCCCCACGCCGUCUUCGCGCGCCACGCCAUGGCCGAGAUUUGCUGCGACGAGGCCAAGUCGACGCCGGCGUCGGCCGUCACGGCGCUCACUAGUCGCCGGCCCAGGGUGGAGCUGGGCGGGGCCGGGGCGUGCCGCCCCACGCCGGCCGCGGGCGAGGAUGGCAGCGGCGGCAAGCGGCGGAGGGUGGCGUGCGCGGCGCCCGGGCGCUCGUGCCGGAGGCUCGCGGCGGCGGGGUUCGGGUCGAGGUGGUGGCCGAGGUACGGCGUCACCUCCGUCUGCGGCCUCCGGCGCGAGAUGGAGGACGCCGUGUCCAUCAGGCUGGACUUCCUGCACGGCGGCGCCUCCUCCUCCGGCAAGCACCAUUUCUUCGGCGUCUUUGACGGCCACGGCUGCUGCCAUGUGGCCAGGUUGUGCCAGGACAGGAUGCACGAGCUGGUCGCGGACGAGUACAACAAGGCUGGCUCCGGCGAGGGUGCCGCCGCGGCGGGGGCGGCGGAGCCGGCGUGGAAAGAGGUGAUGGAGAAGGGGUUCGCGCGGAUGGAUGACGAGGCCGCGAGCUGGGCCGCGACCCGCAGCGGCAAUGACCUCGCCUGCCGCUGCGAGCUGCAGAAGCCGGCGCGGUGCGACCACGCGGGCUCAACCGCCCUCGUCGCCGUCGUCGGCUCCACCAGCGUAGUCGUCGCUAGCGCCGGCGACUCCCGCGCGGUCCUCUCCCGCGGCGGCGUCCCCGUCCCCCUAUCCGUCGACCACAAACCUGACCGGCCCGACGAGCUGGAGCGCAUCCAGGCGGCGGGUGGCCGCGUCAUCUUCUGGGACGGCGCCAGGGUGCUCGGCGUCCUCGCCAUGUCUCGAGCCAUCGGGGACGGCUACCUGAAGCCGUUCGUGACGGCGGAGCCGGAGGUGACGGUGACGGAGAGCACCGACGAGGACGAGUGCCUGAUCCUGGCGAGCGACGGGCUGUGGGACGUGGUGACCAACGAGAUGGCGUGCGAGGUCGUCCGCGCGUGCUUCCGGAGCAACGGCCCGCCGUCGCCGGGCGCGCGGCCGAGCGGCGUGCUGCCGCCCGCCGCCGCCGCGGCAGCGCGGGAGGGCGACGACGGCCCAGCGGCGGUGAAGGGGGUGGACCGGGCCGACUCCGACCGGGCGUGCUCCGACGCGGCCCUGCUGCUCGCGAAGCUCGCGCUCGCGCGCCGGAGCUCGGACAACGUCAGCGUCGUCGUCGUCGACCUCCGGCGGGGGUCCUGAACCCCCUUGAUUCUUGGGGUACAUGAUUGCAUGCCCCCGCCAUUGUUGCUGCUGCUGUCCCCGCUACCGCAUGAUGGGUUAAGUAAUAGGUCUAAUUCUCUGAUCUGCGCGGAAUCCUCAUCAUAGAUUGUUCCCGUACAUGAGUCUCGAUCGUAGGAUCAGCGGAUCGCGAGUUCGUCGCAAUCAACAAACUGAAUUAUGUCCGGCAGGUGCAGAGCACCUGAUUGACCCGGCUGAAUUAUGUGGGGGCACUUCGGAUAGAAUCCUGUCAGCGUCAUGUGCUCUGUCGCGAUCAUGUUACGCGAGAGCCGGGCAUAAUAUGCGUGGCUGGUGCACACUCGUUAGCAACGCGUUGUUGAUCUUGCUCU